AUGUACUUCAAAAGGAAGUACGGCGGCCCCAUCAAGAAGGACCCAGAUGCGGAGUUCGGACCGCAGUACCAUGGGCCCAAGGGAACCGGCGGAAUUCAGCGAUCCUCCAGAUUGGGUUUCCCUAAGUGGGGUCAGCAGCGCGUCAUUCCGAAGCUCAGCGGAGCCUCAUAUGAGUACCGAAAGAACACCAUGAGGAACCUCACCACCCAGGUCAUCCGCCUGGGACGCAUUAAGACCACGCGUGCAAAAGCAGAGGCGCUCACCCACUUUGUGGAUCGCAUGAUCGUCCUGGCCAAGCGUGGAGAUGACCUUAGCAGACGCGAGGCUGGCGAGUGGCUCUACGACCAGGUUCUGGUGGACAACCUCUUCAAGCUGGCGCCCGAACGAUAUCCUGGCCAGACCGAUGGCUUCUGCAAGGUCACGCGAACCAUGAACCGCAAGGGCGACUGGUCUGAGAUGGCCUACAUUGAGCUGAUCUGA